UGUAGUUCAUCAUACUGUGCCCAAGGAAGGCCUGAAAGAAAGCAUAAGAAAUAUACAAAUACAGUAGCUCUACCACGGACUGAUUUUCCUUUACGUUUGGAUUCGCAGAAGAGAAUAGAUCGAGAUAUUUAUUUAUACGAGGUUCUUUAAAAGUUUUAUUGUGGCAUCCGAGGAUAAAUUAAACUUGCUGCCAACUCACUUUUCAAAUCGUUUGACUUGUCAUUAGGCUCUAGUUCCUUGUAGAUUGGAUUCAAAUAAUACGAACAGAGAAAUGUGAAUUUUCUACUUUAUAUACUUGGCAGAGGAAACAUGUCAAAGGGCCAGAAUUCAUUCUGCAUGAUGGCCCACCCUUUGCCAAUGGAAAACCUCACAUGGGCCAUGCAAUAAAUAAGAUCUUGAAAGAUAUUAUCACUCGCCACAAAUUGCUUCAAGGCUGUCAGAUCCAUUAUGUCCCUGGAUGGGACUGUCAUGGCCUCCCUAUUGAACUUAAAGCUUUGGGUGGGCAAACCAAUUUGUCACCAGUCACCAUUCGGAAGAAAGCCGAGCAGUUUGCUAGAGAAGCUAUCGGUGGCCAGGAAGAAGCAUUCCGUUCAUGGGGUGUCAUGGCUGACUGGGACAAAUGUUAUUUCACGUUUGAUAAAGAUUAUGUGAAGAACCUGUGGCAGCAGUUUUAUGCACUGUAUGAAAUGGGCUUAGUUUUUCGAGAUGUAAAGCCUGUGUUCUGGUCACCAUCUUCAAGGACGGCCCUUGCCGAGGCCGAGCUGGAGUACAACCCAACCCACCGCAGCACUGCCGUGACAGUCCGACUCCUCAUGCGAAAAGUUCCUGAUCCCAUCCGUUCUCUCAUCCCGCAGCACGGACUGCCAGUGUUUGCUUUGAUUUGGACCACUACUCCAUGGACUCUCCCUGUCAACCAGGCUGUCUGUUUCAACCCUGACCUGUCAUACAGCCUCGUGUCUAUUGCUGGUCACAGUGGAGAAGUGUAUAUUAUCGCUUCGGAACUGGUGGAAAUGUUGCGACAGAAGCUUUGCCGACAAAUUGAUGUCAUUACUACUUUCCCAGGCGGUAUCCUGGCAGGUGCCAGCUACGUUCAUCCGUGCAGAUCAGAACGGGUCCAGCCGUUUCUCCCGGCUGCACACGUCACGGCUGGAAAGGGAACUGGAUUGGUGCACAGUGCCCCAGCUCAUGGGCCUGAAGAUUUCCUGGUGGCUCUUAAGCAUUCCAUUAGUAUUGAAUGUCUCGUGGAUGAAGAUGGCUGCUACACAGAAGCAGCGGGACCUGUUCUUCGGGGACUGCCUGUCUUAUCUGAAGGCAGCCAAGCAGUGAUGGAUCUCUUGUCUGCAGAUAUUCUUCACUCAGAACAGUUGGUACACAGCUACCCAUAUGAUUGGCGCACCAAGCAACCUGUCAUUCUGCGUGCCAGCUGCCAGUGGUUUAUUGACACCAAUGCUGUCAAACAGAAGGCCAUCGAAGCUCUGAAGACAGUUAAGAUUUUUCCUGAAGAUGGUAGCAGUACAAAGAGUGGAGGCGGACUGGUGUCACAACUGGAACGACGGCCGUACUGGUGCAUCUCUCGCCAGAGGGUGUGGGGAGUCCCAAUACCAGUGCUGUACCACAAAAUUUCUGGUACACCUCUGCUCAGUAUGUCCUUAAUUAAUCAUCUGUGUAAUUUGGUGAAUGAGCAUGGUAGAGAUUUCUGGUGGACUCUUCCUCUGGACAGACUCGUGCCACAGGCAGUGCUGGCGGAGCAUGGUGUUGCACUAGAUGAGGUGGAAAAGGGGCAAGAUAUCCUGGACGUCUGGUUUGAUAGUGGUUUCUCAUGGUCAUAUGUUUUGAGUGGGGAGAAGGUUGCCGACCUUUACCUAGAGGGUCUUGACCAGUUCACUGGGUGGUUUCAGUCAUCUCUUAUGACUUCUGUGGCACUUCGAGGUCACGCCCCUUACAAAGCAAUUUUUGUUCACGGCUUUGCUGUUGAUGCAGAAGGUCGCAAAAUGUCAAAGUCCCUAGGAAAUGUGGUGGACCCUCUGGAUAUUACCCAUGGACGGAAAGACAAGAAGCACGGACCUGCUUAUGGCAUCGACACUCUUAGGUGGUGGGUGGCGUGUCACGCUACGCAGCACUCCAGUGUACCUGUGAGUCGCACUGUGUUGGAGGCCAGUGCUGAGGCUGUCCACAAGAUACGAAUUGUUGUGCGCUUCUUGCUGGGAGCACUUCAUGACUUCCCGUCUGAUGUUGACGAGAGCUUGUAUUUUCUGGAUCGCUAUCUGCUGCACCUGCUGUAUGACACAGAUCAGCAAGUGAACCAACUGUAUGAAAGCUAUCAGUUCAAUCGUGUCUGCACCACGCUUACCAACUUCGUUACAAAUGAGGUGUCUGCACUUUAUUGCCAUCUGACAAAGGAUAGGUUGUACUGUGCACCAGUAGAUGCCUCGGAGAGAAGGGCUUGUCAGUUGGUGAUGAGUCGCAUCCUAGAAGUUUUAACUCGAUCAGUUGCACCUGUGUUGCCACAUCUUGCAGAGGAAGUGUACUUGUGCCAUCCCUAUAAGAAAGGUGUUCGCCUCUUCCAGUCUGGAGUGUCAAAACCAUUACCUGAAUGGCACCAACCUGAGGUGGCGAGGGUUGUGAACCUGGCUCUAGAGGUGAAGCGGACACUGAACAAAUUGUCUCCUGUCACCAACACUCAACAGUUGGCAGCAACUGUAUUCUCGUCUGGAGAGACUCUUACUUUAUUAAAGAUGCUGCAGGAGGAAGAGCACAGCUGUUGGAGCCAGCUGACGGAAAUUCUGCAGGUCUCGUCAGUUAUGCUGGUAGAGAAGAGGAGUCCACUUAAAUUUCAUGUGGAGCUGAGAGAGACCUUGCAGCAGAUUUGUGGCAGGUGUCGCCGCUUCACAGCGCACAGUGUUGAUGAACCCUGUGAUCGUUGUCAGCAGGUGUUGGACAAGUUGAGAGUGGUAGUGUGAAAGUUGUGAGGUGUUACCUCUAAUUAAAUCAGUGAUCUUUAAUGCUUUAAUGUAUGUAAUAACUAACAUCUCAGAUGAAGUAACAAAAGAUAACAAAAUAAAAACUUUAUAAUUUGUACUCUA